AGCUACUAGUACCGACUUGGUCGAUAUCAAGAUCCAUGGAUCUAUCACGCCCAGAACGCAGGAAGGCGAGAGAUGAUCUCAUAACCCGAACAGAGCAAUAGAGUCUCUUUAAAAGCGGAACUUACGCUCGAAUUAAUGAAGAUUGCUUCCGGACCAACCAAGAGAAUUUCGCAAUAUCGAUCAUGACCAAAGAACUGACAUUCGACAUCCACUUCGAUUCUGUCUACUCGCACGAUACUCUCGGGGAAGGAAAGCAGUUAGCCGACAGAAUCCGACACAUAUAUGAAGGGAGAGGACUGAGCAUUCCGGAUUUUUAUGACUCGACUUUGACAACGCCCCCCGUCCACUUUAUGCAAGUGUUUGCUCCCGAUGACGUGGAUGUGGAGGAGUUGAGAAAAGUGCAUGUGCCGGCUGGGAUGGAUAUUGAUAUUAUAGAGUUAACUGGGUAA